GCAACGCGCCGCCCGCCUCUCGCCUCCGCUCGCAUCGCUGGCGGGGGAGGCGACGGCUUUUAAGAAGGGCGCCCCAACAGCCCUGGCUGGCACUGCAGGGACCGCGCACUCCUCUCCAGCGAUCGCUCCGCCCUGGGCCUUACUUCUCUGCCAGCCAAGUAGCCGCUGUUGCAAUGUCGGGCGCCGCUGCGAGGCCUUUGUCGGGGCAGGUAUGCCUGGUGACGGGCGCUUCGCGGGGCAUCGGGAAGGGCAUCGCGUUGCAGCUGUCGGAGGCGGGCGCCACCGUCUACAUCACCGGCCGGCAGCCAGAGGCGCUGGAGAAAACGGCGGCCGAGGUGCAAGGCCGGGGCGGGCGGUGCGUGCCGGUGGUGUGCGACUCUACCCGCGAAGAAGACGUGGCGGCGCUGUUUGAGCGCCUCAAACAGGAACAGGCCGGCCGCCUAGACGUCCUGGUCAACAAUGCCUUCUCCGGAGUGACCGCCAUCGCCAAGCAGUCGGGCUCGUCCUUCUGGGACAGCCCUGCCAGUUUAUGGGACGACAUCAACAACGCGGGCCUUAGAGGCCAUUACAUCUUUUCAGUGUAUGCAGCCCGCCUCAUGGUGCCUGCCGGGCGCGGGCUCAUCGUUACCAUCUCGUCGCCUGGUGGGCUGCGGUACAUGUUUGAUGUGCCCUAUGGGGUGGGCAAGGCCGCCUGCGACCGCCUGGCUGCUGACUGCGCAUUCGAGUUACGUCCCUUCGGUGUGGCCUGCGUGGCACUAUGGCCUGGCCUAGUCCGUACCGAAAGCGUACUGAAGCAAGCGGAAAUGGACUCUGGGGCUUUUUCCCAGGAGCUGAGGGGGAGACUGCCCAUUAUGGCAGAGAGCAUUGAAGUGAGCGGGAAGUGCGUGGUUGGCCUCGCCUCAGACCCCAACAUCAUGCGCCACAGUGGCAAGGUUCAGUUGAGCCCAGAACUUGCCCAACGCUACCACUUCAAGGAUGUGGAUGGAAAGGACGUCUUCAACUACAUUUCAGUUCGCAAUAUCCUUACAGAACUGAUGCCGAAACUGUCUAGCUUGUUUCGCCUCAUUCCAGGGUUCAUCACAAUCCCUAAAUGGGCUAUUUCCUUGUAUUCUAGUAAGUUCUCUGUGUAUCCACCAAUUUUGUCACUUCCCUCUAAAUCAACAAAAAAAGACUGAUGGUAUUUAUUGUACAGAGCAGUAAAAGUAUCCUGUUAUCUGCUUUUUAAUGCAUAAAAUUUCUUCAGCCUUUAAGCUUUCCUGUCUUGCGAACUACUUACCUUUUAGUUUUACUCGUUUGUAGUGGAGGACAUUUCCUGAUUUGAAGAUCACUUUGAGGCAGAAUUUGGAAACUGCUUUCUCUGUGAAAAUGUGCUUAUUCAAAAGCCCUGCCAUGUCAAAUGAACUUAAUUCUGAGUAAACAUGUAAGGGUUUAAUAAUUCCUGAAGGCUCGAUAGCACCAUUUGUCUCCAUGCUAUCUUCUUUCUUUUGCCAUAAAAUACUAUAGUAGCCAUUAACAGUUUUGUCAUGAUUCUGUAUUGUUACUAACUGUAGCCUUGAAGCAAUGGAGUGCUCCAUAAUUAAUGUAUUUUAGCUGAUAUUCAUUCUAUCAUUAAAUAUAUUUGAAUUAGCAGACUUUGA